CUCUCAUGAUGGUGAGUUUGUAGCCAGCAGUUCACCAACCUUCAGUGGGGUGGUCUGACAGAGCUGAGGAAAAUGAACAACAUUUUCAGCAAGUUCCGGGCCCACUCCAACAGGUCACUGGACGAAAAGAAAAGUGAACCCACGGAUACCAUCCAGGAGGAAAAUUGUUUAGUGGACGAGCAGGACACGCUGACGGGAGACAUAUCCGGGAUGUUGGCCAUUUCUGAUGAACUACUGAAGACCCCCACUGACCCUAGUAAAGAUUUCUCUUAUAAAGUGCCAUGUGAGGGAAGCUUUUCCACCAUAAGUAACGUCACAUUUGAGGUGAUCUCUGCUGAAGUUGUGAAGGAAGGGAGGUCAGGGCAUGUGAUCUACUCCAUCCUGAUCAACCCCCACAAGGAGACACUCAGGACAGCCCAGACCAUUGUCAGAAGAAGGUACUCAGACUUUGAGAUCCUGCACCAGCAGCUGAAGAAAAAAUUCCCCUCCAUCAUGGCCAACGUCUCCUUCCCUCGCAAAGUUUUAACUGGCAACUUCACCAGCGAGACCAUCGCCAAACGGAGCACGGCUUUUGAGCAGUACCUGGCUCACCUGUUUUCUUACUUUGAAAUCAGGUACUGUAGCGAUUUCAUGUUUUUCUUCGUUCAGGACGACUUUGCGAAUGGUGUCCAUAAUUUUAUGGAGAAGGACUAUGUCAAGGCCACGUCCUACUUUGAGAAGACGCUUCCUAUUCUGGAAAGGAUCUGUGGAGACUCCCACCCUCAUGUCUUUAACUGUCUCUGUGGGCUGGUUAUAUCCUACCUUAACAUGGAGAAGUACGCGGUGGCCGAGGCGUGCGCUGAGGUGGCGCUGAAAUGUUCCGGCGCCGUCGACGAUGAGACGAUGGCGUCCCUGAUGCUGACCACCAUCAGGCUGUGCUGGACUUUGGGCAAGGACAAGCAGGAGCUGGAGAAGAAGCUCCAGGCCUUGCGUGCCAAGGGUGUGGAUGUGAACGGCGUCAAAGACUUGCAUGACAUUCUGCAGAAUACAUUCCAGCUGGGAAUGUGUAAGAAGUGAUUCCCUUGUGUGUGGGGCACUGGCAGUACCUCUUUGGCUGACUGGGUGUGGACCAUAUGGCCUUGACAUUUCCCUCUAAAAUGGGGUGGCCUUUACACUGGCCUGUAUUAUGGGUGGCCUUGAGACUGGCCUGUAUCAUAAAUGACCUUGACACUGGCCUGUAUUAUAAAUGUCCUUGACAUCGGCCUGUUUCACGGAUGGCCUUGAGAAAGUAUUUACAAACUCCGAUAAUUUAUGACUACAAAAAAAAAGUGUAAAUAGUGGAUCUUUGUUCAUGUAACGCAAAGCUUCAAGAUGUUUUUCUGUUGUUUGUUGUCGUAUAACAAUUAUACUUAAUGGUAAAGAUAUUGUUAAUACAUUCCAAUGCUUUUUGUUUAAAGCAUCAAUAUCAAAACAUGAUCAAAACAUCUUUUUACAUGCACUAAUGAUCUGAAAUCAAACACAGGUGUCUGACAUCCAACAC